AGUGAACUUACUUAUCGGAACUCGAAAACGACGCCAUAUACCACCCCUUCUGUGUUCACGUCUACGGUUCGGUCGACUAGUGUCAUGGCGCUGCUGGGGACACUGACUGCUAAAUGUUGUCGGUCGUUACUUUUUAAACCCUUCAAAGGGCUGUUACGGCCAAGCUGGAUUCAGGGCUGCAUUGGAGCAAAGAGGCAUUUGUUGUCCGAAGAUGUUAUCAAACUGCAGGAUUUCCAGCAAAAGAAGCUAGCUGUGGCUCACCUUGUUACGGGAUCAGAUGGCAAUUAUAUUGAGCUGUUCAGAGAGAAGAUGCAAAGAAAUGAGCUGAUUCUGCGAGAUGACCUAAAGUUGCUUCUCCACCUGUGUCAAACGCCAGAUGACAUGCUAGUAGCCCAAAAAGCCAUCUAUAGGUAUCAUGCGGAGAACCAGAACCUUUUGUAUGGAGACUUCAAGUUUGGCCCACUUUUCAUGAGGCUUUGCUAUGAACUUGGCAUGGAGGGAAUGGCUACUGCGACUUUAACUGAUAAGAAUAUGAAAGGCUUUUUCAUUGAUUCAACCUCGUUUAACAUCGCCAUCAACAUGUUGUUUGUUAAAGGCUCAUAUGAAAGCGCUAUGGACGUUUUAAGAACAAUGAGGAGCCAAGGAGUACCAUUCAACAAAGACACACUCACACUAGCGAUUGCUACCUGCUAUAAACUGAACACAGCAGAAUGCUACAGAAUCAGUAUGUCACUAAUAGAAGAAGAACAGACCAGAGGCCAGUUCAUCACUCGUCAUGCAUAUUGCUUUGCUGUAGCAUUAGCACUCAGACGGAAUGACCUAGAAAAGGCACAGUCUAUGUAUUCACAAAUCAUGAGCACUGACAGCAAUUUGUGCCAAAACUUUAACGUUAUGCUACUUACCAUGUCAGGAGAUGUUUUAGGGGCUGCUUCUGUGCUGUCGGCAGCUAUGUCGCCCAGUAGGUCGUUUUUUGUAAAAAAGCCAGAGUUUUCCGAGGAAGUGGUUGAUUUGCUCCUUUUGAGAAGUGAAGACACACCAUUCAAGAUGAAAGCGGAGCAGGUGGUGACUCAGCUCCAACAGGCCGGCCAGGUGACCCAGGAGACCCUCGACGACAUGCUGUGCCGUGUCCCGACGGGGAAGAGGAAGCCGGUUGUAAUGGAGCGGGUGAGGAGGACCAGCCAAAGGACUCGGAGGUCUCUACAGUCCAAUCUGUUGUCAGAGUGAAGCCAGAGAUGAACACUUAGAAUCAACUCUCUCACUGGUGAUGAAUUAUAAUGUGAAAUUUCUGGGAUGUUAUAGCACCCUAUUAAUAUGGGCUCUGUUACCAGCACAAUCAUGAAAGCCAGUGGUGCUUACCUCGCGCAGACAGGAAAAUGUUAAAUUCAAAAAAUAAGACUGAAGUGGUACUUUUUUUUAAAAUUACUAUUAUUAUUUUAUUUUGAAGAACUUUUUCAAAAUUUACCAACAAAAAUCUCUUCAUGUCCCCAUGGUCUUGGGAUCAAGAUCAUGUCUGACCCAGUAAUAAGGUCAGACAUUUAUUGUCAACAAAAAGUAGAAUAGCUAAUGGUUAUUUGAAGCUGCUGUGUACCUCUAAGAAAAGGACAGUGUUUAAAUCAAAACUAUGAUACUUCCUGGAAUCAGAUCAAUAAUCUGUAAAUAUCCCUAUUACCUUUGAUUAUCCAUCUCUGAAAGAAAUGUAUGCUCUGCUGACAGGUAUUUGGCUCCAUGUCUCCACUUGCUGAAACUUCUGUAGGAAGAAAAAGAAUAACCGUAUUUGUAUUAUAUCUGCUUUCAAGAAUCCUGUGUUAACAUUGAGCGCUUUGGGAGGAUUGUGUUUUGUAUAUUCAGUAUAGAUGUAUGAGCGAGUGAUUAAAGGUGAGCAGAUAUUUAAUAAUAAAAUAGAUCUGAAAUAAACAAAGUUAAGAAAUUAA